AUGAGCUUCAACAAGAAUAACCCCAAUGCAGUGGGGAAGAUUAUGGGAUACCUGAAACAGCUUUCCACAGAAAUGGGUGGACCUGAACCAGGUCGGCGUGGCCCAGACGAGGAACGCUUAUACCGUUCCCGUGGUCCAAAGUACGCAAGAGUACCAUCGCGGGCGACCCUUUCGGCUUCCACAACCUGUACAUCUCUCGCAGAAUCUUGUGGAUCUCAAGGGACUCUCGUUCCAAAUUACGCGGCAAUACCCGAGAUCGUAUCUACAGAGAGCAGUAGCGAGGACGAGCAGGAUUCAUUUGAAAAAACUCGGCGUCAUUUUCAACAGUUACGUCAAAUCAGCUUAGGGAACGAAUUCAAGUACAAAAUGGAAAUGGAGAUCAAAAGUGCUAAAGAAGAAAAUUUGCGCAAUUCCGUCCCAUUUGUGAAACAAUUAAGUACAGAUAGUAAAGUUAAAACAGACUAUGCUAUUAAUGGAGACACUCAACCAUAUGCACCCACAACGCAAAAGCUCUUUCUAUGGACACAGAUCUUUGCAGCGUUUGCAGUAUCAAUGGGGUCUCUCAUGGUUGGUUUUUCAACAGGCUACACUUCUCCAGCACUACCCAGCAUGAAUGAAACUUUAACCAUUACAGAAGAAGAGAACAGCUGGAUCGGUGGUCUCAUGCCAUUGGCUGCACUGGUGGGCGGCAUUGCUGGCGGACCUCUAAUAGAGUACUUGGGAAGAAAAGUGACCAUCAUGUGUACAGCGAUACCAUUUUUCAUCGGAUGGAUGCUUAUUGCAAAUGCCGUUAACGUUGCUAUGGUAUUUGUCGGUAGAGCACUAGGUGGCAUAUGCGUCGGUGUCGUAAGUCUUGCUUUUCCCGUCUACGUUGGAGAAACUAUACAACCAGAAGUGCGCGGAGCAUUAGGACUAUUACCUACAGCAUUUGGUAAUACAGGAAUUCUUCUUGCAUACUUCGCAGGAACUUAUCUUAAUUGGUCAAAUCUCGCUUUUCUCGGUGCUGCGCUCCCCAUACCUUUCUUUUUGUUGAUGAUUUUAACUCCUGAAACACCAAGAUGGUACAUCACUAAAGGACGCGUUGAAGAUGCGAAAAAAGCUCUGCAAUGGCUAAGGGGAAGAAAUAUAAAUAUCGAAAAAGAAAUGGGAGAACUCACCCGUUCUCAAGCCGAAGCAGAUCUUUCUGCUGGAACAAACGCCCUCAGACAACUUCUAUCUAGAAAAUACCUCCCAGCUGUUCUGAUAUCCUUAGGUUUGAUGUUAUUCCAACAACUUAGUGGUAUCAAUGCCGUAAUAUUCUACGCAGCGAAAAUAUUUAAAAUGGCUGGGAGCACUGUUGAUGAAAACUUGUGCAGCGUCAUCAUCGGCAUAGUAAACUUUAUAUCAACUUUCAUCGCUACAUCUAUAAUUGACCGUUUAGGUAGAAAAAUGCUACUUUAUAUUUCAUCAAUUUCAAUGAUUAUAACAUUAGUAGCUCUCGGUUCAUACUUUUAUAUAAGAGAAGUUGUAAAAUCUGAUGUCAGCAGUUACGGAUGGUUACCACUCGCUUGUCUUGUCAUUUAUGUACUGGGAUUCUCUAUUGGCUUUGGACCGAUUCCCUGGUUGAUGCUGGGAGAAAUUUUGCCAUCAAGAAUUCGAGGUACUGCCGCUUCACUUGCAACCGGCUUCAAUUGGACGUGUACAUUUAUCGUCACAAAAUCAUUUGACAACGUCAUAGCUAUGAUCAAUAUGUACGGUACUGUAUGGUUAUUUGCAGUAUUAUGUGUUAUUGGUUUAUUAUUUGUCAUAUUUUUUGUACCUGAAACUCGAGGUAAAAGUUUGGAAGAAAUAGAAAAGAAAUUGACUGGUGGAUCACGAAGAGUUCACACGAUAAGUAGAAAUAAGUCUAUCCAAAAUGGCUGU